AUGAUACUUCAAGUAUUUAAUCGUGUAAAUGACAUUCGAGAUUUAUGUGAAAAACGAUGUGAACAACUUCGUCAUCUUGUUAAAUCUACUUAUCGACCAAUACAAUAUGUUCAUCCAUUACCAUUUCAACAAAAUGAAUCAUUUAAUUUAAUUGAUACAACAAUAACACCAAUUUCACAACAACAACAAAUAAAUGAACAUAUUUCAAAAUUUGAUAUGGAUUCUAAUCGUUUAUUAUCAUCAUUAAAUAAUGAAUCAAUAAUAAAUCAUAAUACAAAAAUGGAUAAAAAACAGAGACAUGUUGUAACAGAACUUUUAGUUACUGAACAAGUGUAUGUCGAAGAAUUACGUACUAUAAUCGAAGUAAGAAUAUAUAUUUUUUUUU